AUGUUAUAUGUAAUACUCCUUUUAAUUUCAAUUUUAAAAGCAUAAGAUGAAGAUGAAAUAGAAUAUGAUGUUGUUGAAACUUUAUAAAGUGCUUGUAGAUGUAGUUAGAUUUUAAGUGAAGUUGAUUGUCAAUAAUUUUGUUUUUGGAAAGCUGAUUCUGAUGGUAAAACAGGGAAAUGCAGAGAUAAAUUAUGUAGUGAUUAUUUAGAUAAAAAUUCAUGCAAUAGUGAUUAAAAGAAUUUAUGUUAUUUUAAUUCAGAAGAAAAUCUAUGUAAAAAUUUAAGAGGAGAUUGUACUAGUUUAGACAUCUAAGAAGAAUGUGAAACUAAAUAAAAUUGUUAAUGGUUAAAUUAGCCAGAUGAAGAUGGUGUUUAAUGUUAAAUUUAGGAAUAACCAGAAGAAGAAAUUCCUGUUAUAUGCAAUAAUAUUAAAUAAUAAGAAAUUUGUGAUUCAAGUCAAGAAGAUAAUAGUGGUUAUUAUUGUUCAUGGCUAUUAAAUCCUAUUGAUGAAGGAGAAGUUCAAACCAAUUAAACCAAUAAUGAAUCAACUACAAGAUUAUUAAAAGUAGAUAACACUGGAUAUUGUUCAAGAUUCUCUGUUACUAAAUGUACAGAUAUCAAUGAUAUUGAUGCUGAUGAUUCAAUCAAAGAAAUGCUUUGUAAUAGAUUUCCAGAUACUUGUAGAUACACAAUUCAAACAUCUAAUGGUAUCACUGUUACUGGAACUAAUUUCAAUCUUGUUAGUUAUUCUUGUGAAUAAAGAGCUUGCAAAGAUUAUGGAACAUAAUAAUUAUGUGAAGAUAAUUAUAUUGUUCCUGAUUUUGAAGGUUAUCUUCAUUUAUGUAAUUGGACAUCUACUUCUUGUAAUGAAGGUUUAAUAAUUGAAAAAUUCUCUCUUUUAAAUAGUCCAGAAAAAUGUUAUAAAGAAGAAACUCUUUAUUAAUUGACAUGGAAUUAGCAAAUCAAUAAAUGCACUAAAUGUCCAGGAUUAGGAUAUUUAUUGAGUUUACUAUUCAGUCUUUAUAUUAUAGUCAUAUGA